AUGGAAGACGGAAUUUCGACAGAAGACAGCAAUAUUUCGACGCCGGAAGUGGCGGACAGUCAGGAAAGUACGCCGGCGGCUCCGAUUUCGUCGAGACGCGAGACGAUCAACCGAAAUGUUUAUAUUAUGCUCGACGUAAACCAUCGAAAGGUGCGUUGAAUAAACAAUUUGUGCAGUUUAGCCCGUCAAUUUCAAUAAAAUUAUCGAUUUUUCACAAUUUUCUCUCAGGUGGAGCCCAAGGACAUUAUCGAGUACGAAUGGCCGCCAAAGUCCGGCGAUCGUUGGUUUUUGCAAGAACAAAUCGGCGAGCUGCUCGAUAUUAAGUCGUUUUCGCGAAAAUAUCCAGAUUUCUCGCGCCGCAAGGUGAAUCACGAAGAGCGAGAGUAUCUGGAGUGGAACUUCAAUGUUCACAAGCUGCUCAACGAGACACGUACGUCAUUUUAGCCGUUCUCAUCAUGAAAUCCGAGAAAAGUCAAUAAUAUUGCGAUUUUCAGUGCUCCGUGACAUGAAUGCGAUGCGAGCGAGCGAAAUUCACGACAUGAUGCAGUCGGAUUUCGCCGAAAUUUACAUGGAGUACAAGAAAGUGUGCGGACAGCGAGAGCGGGAGGCGCAACAGGCGAAAGCCAAGGAAAUGGAGGCGGUGAGUGGGAGAAUGUGAUAUUUUUUGGGAAAAUAGCUUUUAAUUGCAGAUCAAAAACGAUUCGGUGAAAUUGGCGGAAUUGCGAAAGAACGCGCUCCAAAGCGCCGUCGAAUUCAACAAGGAUCUUCAGAAUCGACGAAUAAACGAACGCAAACACUUCUGGGACAUUCAGACUAAUGUGCGCAAUUUUUCAGAUUCUUUCUGGAUUUUUUCCAAUUUUCAGAUAAUCCAAUCGCGUCGAAACAACUGGAAAGUGAUGAGAAAAGAGGCGACGCGUCCGGGACCGUAUCCGGUCGCUCUCAUUCCCGGACAAUAUCAGAGCUAUUAUAAGAAGUGGGGGUUUCGUCAAUUGUUACAUAAAAUUAACUAAAAUUCGUGAACUUUGGCAAUGAUCCGAUCGGGCCCAAACUUUGUAGGCUUCUUAGACUUGGAUUAAAGUAUAUUGGGUCCAAGUUUCAGACUGAUCCGAAAAUCUGCCAGAUUAUUUCGGUCUCCGAUCCACAUAUCUCGAGACUGGAUAAUAGGAGGAUUGGUCUGAAACUGGGAUCAAAAAUACCUGAACCCAAGUCCAAUAAGCCUGCAAAGUUUGGAUCCGAUCGGAUUAUUUCAAGUUGUUCAAAAGUCCAGGCCUCUUUUUCACACACUCUUCUUUAAAAUUUCAUCAUGUUUGCAGGUUCUCGCGUGCGGAACUGAUGCGUCUUCCGCUCGGGACCGUCCUCGACUCGUCGCAUCUGUUCCCGGCGGUCCGCGACGCUUCUCCGCCGCCGCUGAGCAUCGCCGAGCAGGAUUUGAUCCGUGUGGAGCGGGAACAGGCCAUGAGAGCUCGGGAGGCCCAAAUCAAACAGGUUUGUGCUCGGAAAAUUGAUUUUAAAGCUAGCUUCCACAAUCUACCCGCAUGCUUCCUCGUUUUCAUCCGCUUUUCCCGCUUCUUGUCGUGCCAUUCCUUUGUUUUUGCCCAUUUUAGAAUCACAUCUGGGACCACAAGGACGUUUCGCAAUCGGAGAAUCUACAUUAUAACUACUACUAACCCCCAUCACGGAAAAAAUUUAAAACAAGGAUCUCUCUCUCUCGGAUAAUACUUAUAAUAAUAAUGAUGAACUUUGUUGUGCUUGUGAACGAAAAUUUUGUAUAUUGUAACCCUUUUCUAUAAAUAAAAUUGUCUGCAAAACAAUUUUUCUUCCCCCCGCAGAAAAAUGCCGUUUCUGUGCCCCGUUUCCCUCAAAAAUUUGAUUUGCAGGAACCAGUGUACACGGCGAUCGAAAUCGAUCCGAAUCGGCCGUGCGAUUCGUGCGAACGACCCGGCGGAGAGAUGAUUUGGUGCGUUUUUCACCCGUUCGGGUCCUCAUCUUCUGAGCAUGCCACACCGCAAAUACAAUAUUAAUAACGUGUUUUUCUUGCAGCUGUGCGACGUGUAAAAUCGCGUACCACCCGCGUUGCAUCGAAAUGCCCGAAAGAAUGGCGGCGCUCGUGAAAACUUACGAGUGGAGUUGUGUGGAUUGCCGAGUCUGCUCGAUUUGCAACAAACCAGAGAAAGAGGUACGCGCUAAUUUGGCAUGAAUAGAGGAAAUAUAUAUAAUUUCUUAGAGCUGCACUAAAGUAGUUGUCGUCUUUCCUAUGUACCUGUUAAUCUCUAUGAGCAGAGCCUCUGAAACUAAUAGGCCUUUUUUGCAGGACGAAAUCGUGUUCUGCGACCGCUGCGACCGCGGCUUCCACACGUUCUGUGUGGGGCUGAAGCAGGCGCCACGUGGCACGUGGUUCUGCGACACUUAUUGCGGAACGAACGAAAGCGUGAAGCCGCCGCCGAUUCGCGGAAGACCCUCGACGCUCGCCUCCUCGACACGUCGCUGA